AUGCCCCUCGCAGGCUACCUCACGGUGAGCAUCGAGCCGCUGCCGCCCGUGGUGGUGGGUGACUCCGUGACGCUGAAAUGCAACUUCAAGACAGACGGCAGGAUGCGCGAGAUCGUCUGGUACCGGGUGACAGAGGGUGGCACCAUCAGGCAGAAGAUCUUCACCUUCGAUGCCAUGUUCUCCACCAACUACUCGCACAUGGAGAACUACCGCCGGCGGGAGGAGCUGGUCUACCAGUCGACCGUGCGGCUCUCGGAGGUGCGCAUCGCCGACAGCGGCCCCUACGAGUGCCACGUGGGCAUCUACGACCGAGCGGCGCGGGAGAAGGUGGUGCUGGCCUCGAGCAGCGUCCUGCUCAACGUGAUGGCGCCGCCAACGUCCAUCUCGGUGGCGCCCGUCAGCGACGGCACGGUGGAGGCGCGGGCCACGCUCACGUGGACGCUGAACCCCCAGAUCGACAACGAGGCGCUCUUCAGCUGUGAGGUGAAGCACCCGGCGCUCUCCAUGCCCAUGCAGGCCGAGGUGACCCUCGUCGCUCCUAAGGGCCCCAAGAUCACCAUGACCCCGACGAGGGCCCGCGUCGGGGACACCGUGCGCAUCCUGGUGCAGGGCUUCCAGAACGAAGUGUUCCCUGAGCCGCUCUUCACCUGGACCCGCGUGGGCAGCCGGCUCCUGGACGGCAGCGCCGAGCACGACGGCAAAGAGCUGGUGCUGGAGCGUGUGCCGGCCGAGCUCCAGGGCUCCAUGUACCGCUGCACGGCGCAGAACCCACUCGGCUCCACGGACACCCACACCCGGCUCAUCGUGUUCGAAAAUCCCAACAUUCCCAGAGGAACAGAGGACUCGGAUGGUUCGGUCUCCAGCCGCUGCAGCUUCCGGCUCGCUUUGGCGCUCACCUUGACAGUCAUCCUGGAGCUAACGUGA